AUGGCGAACGAAGAACAUAAACUUCUCUCAGAUUAUAUUAAAGAUGUUCAUUUGUCACUACGGAAAUCGACCUUUAAACUAGGAGCUGUAACAGCUUGGCAAAAGCACUGUGAAAAUAAAGAUACAUUAUUAUGUUAUGCACAAUGUAUGGAAAAAUUGGCAACUACACAUUGGGAAAGUCAAUAUAACAAUUCAUCUAGUGAAGCUACAUCCCGAAUUAAAUGGGUGGUUGAUUGUUGCUACGACUAUUUUAUUAAAAAAAGCUACUUAAAGUCAAUGGAGAAAGAAACUAUAAUUGCAAACAAAAUACAUGCUGAAAUAAACACCAAUGAAAAUUUCACUAUACCAUUAAAAUUAAUUGAUGUUGGUAGUUGCUAUAAUCCAUUUAAUAUAUAUGAUAUUUUUGAUGUUUUUGCAAUUGAUUUGUAUCCUGCAAAUACUUCGGUUUUACAAUGUGAUUUUUUAAACGUAAAUAUUGGUCAAAAUAACAUUGUUAAUGAAGCAUCAGUAGUUCAAGAAAUUGAAGAAAAUUCAUAUGAAAUUGUUACAUUUUGUUUUCUUUUAGAAUAUAUACCUACUUCAGAAUUAAGAAUUGUGGCUUGUGAGAAGGCUUAUAAAUUAUUAAAGCCUGGUGGGCUACUAAUAAUAACUACACCAGAUUCAAAACAUGUUGGAGCAAACAGCAAAAUCAUGAAAUGUUGGCGAUAUACAUUGGCACAUGUAGGGUUUAACAGAAUUAAGUAUGAGAAAUUAAGGUUCAUGCAUUGUAUGGCAUUUAGAAAAACACUAAUUAAAGAAGUGGCAGUGAGAUGGGCAUUAUUAUACAAAGAACCCUAUAUGGAGUAUGCAAUACCAAUACCUCAGGAUUCUAACAAUUUACGAGAAGAAACUUCUGUGUAUCUCGAUGAAGACACAGUAGCUGAAGAUUUUAAGGUCUUGCCUUUUUCUGUAGCAAAUUAA